GUUCCUGCAGGAACUAGUUCCUCGCCUUCCUUCUUGUCAUCGACCGAAGCCUUAAUAAGUUGUGCUUCCGAAUCUUACAGUAACCUUGCAGAUAUAGCGCAAAAGUUAAAAGGUCUUCGGGUAUCUCUUAAUGCACGAUUUCAGGGUUGCGUUGCAAACGAGAAACGGACGUACAUGGAACUAAUGAAGUACGGAGUUUCUGACUGAUAUCCACCGUAUAUGUCUGGAUGUGCGCGCCAUGAUCUAUUCUCUUUUAACUGAACCAUAGACUUUAACAUACAGGUCCAAAUUCUCCGACGAUCCACUACUUCAUUUUCUGUUUUCACGGGGCGACAUGAGUGACAUUCCGAGGCCGGAUGGACCUGAUAUCAAUAUCGGAGGAUCUAUGAUGAGGACCAUAUGGGUUCUCACUGGCAUCAGUAUUCUGGUUGUUGGGCUGAGACUCUAUGCCCAAUUCGUCUCCCGCCAUUUGGAUUUGGGUGAUGCUAUUAUGACAUUAUCAAUGAUUUGCGGAGUAUUGUUGUGCUCGAUGCUUACAACACAGCAUCACUACGGAUUGGGACGGCAUUUCUUCUAUCUUUCGCCGACCCAGAGGGUUCUUGCCAUCAAAUUCAAUUUCCUUGGGCAAGCUUUUGGUAUAAUGGGCCCUGCGUUUGGACGUAUGGCAUCGUGCCUCCUGAUGUUGAAGCUCUUCGGCACAAAGCAAAGACUAAGACAACUCCUGUGGUUUAUCUUCUGGGAGUCACUGGUGGUGAAUGCCAUCACGUUGAUCUUAGUCUUUGUGCAGUGCAAGGACGUUCAGUCAUUGUGGGACCCUGCCGGGCAUCCUCCAGUAUGCUGGAGUCCCAAGGUCCAAGAGUAUACUGGAUUCGUGCAAGGAGCUUUGAACUCGGCUACCGACCUUGCUCUGACAAUUCUCCCCGCCACGAUUUUCUGGACACUUCAAAUCAAUAUGAGAUUGAAGCUUGGUUUGGGAUUUCUCCUUUCUCUCAGUAUAUUUGCAUUCAUCGCCUGCAUCAUCAAGACAGUUCUACUCCAGUCCCUAGGAGAGCGUGAGGAUUUCACUUUUAACACAGUCCCCUUCUUCACCUGGGUCAUCGCCGAAAUCACACUCGUCAACAUUGCGGCCUCGGUACCCCUUAUUCGCCCACUCUUCAAGCGCCCGUCCACCCACGCGGGCAACACGUCUUACGAAAUGAACAACCGAUACGCAUUGACGAACAAGGGCAGUCGUCUACGCUCUCGCGAUGUUGAAUCAGGCAAGCACUCGAUAGACAAUACCAGUGAGGAGAAUAUCCUGCCGAUAGAAGGGGUGACCGUGGCUAGAGGUGGGAGUGGCGUUGAGGUAGACAAAAAUGGCAUUAUGCUAUCUACCAGUUAUGUGGUUAGUUAUAAUGAAAAUGGCAAGAAAGACGGCAUGCCGGGCAAGAAAGUGCGGGGUCUACCUGGGGCCAGCCCCCACUAAAUGCUGGGAACUGGAAGUGGUUGAGAAGUUGAUGAGCUUGAAGGACCGAGUGGAAAUUUUCUAUUGCGAGGGCGAAUUUUGAGUUUGUUGAAGGUUGCGAGGGUGGGUUUGAUACCGUGUUGUUUCCUUACGGGUAAAGGGAGUUGUGUGUAUAGCGAAAGGGAUGGUUUGGAGUUAGUGUUACGAACGACGGUUACACUCUUGGAUGACAAUUUAGAGACGAGACAAAUGCUUCA